AAGCCCUCAAAAUAAUUAUAAAGGAAUUCUGCAGAGGGCUUCGUCAUCCUCUCUGCUAGGUCGGUGAUGGCCUGCGAAGUAAACGAGGAAGAGUACGAGGAUUAUGAGGAAGUGGAAUUGGUAGAAGACGUAGAAGGCGAAGAUUAUGAGGAAGCAUUUGAAGAGGAGGAGGCGGAGGUAGAACAGAACGAGGAGGAGAAGGAGAUAGAACAGAACGAGGAGGAAGAGAUAGAACAAAAUAAGGAAGAAGAGGAGGAGAUAGAACCAAGCGAGGAAGAGGAGGAGAUAGAACCAAGCGAGGAAGAGGAGGAGGAGGAGAUAGAACCAAUCGAGGAAGAAGAGGAGGCGGAGAUAGAACAAAAUAAGGAAGAAGAGGAGGAGAUAGAACCAAGCGAGGAAGAAGAGGAGGAGGAGAUAGAACAAAAUAAGGAAGAAGAGGAGGAGAUAGAACCAAGCGAGGAAGAAGAGGAGGAGGAGGAGAUUGAACAAAACGAGGAUGAGGAAGAAGAGGAGGAGAUAGAGCAAAAAGAUGAAGAGGAGGAGAUAAAGCAGAACAACAAGGAGGUGGAGAUCGAACGAAACGAGGAAGAGGAGGAGGAUGAGAAGAAAGCGGUUAAAGUUCUGAAAGUUAAAGAAGAAGAACAAUCUAUUGAAGACCCAGUAAGGAAGGAAAAGAAAUCGGCAAAUCCUGAAAAUAUGUCGGAAUCGGAAGGAAAGGCGCUCCCACGGCGCACGGCGUUUCCCCCUUUCCUCCAGUCUGUGAGCGAUCUAGAAAAGCUCCAUUGCGCUCUCUCAAAGUUCCUAUACCAAUGGAAUUGUCUCAAUCAAUCGCUUGACUCGAUCGGCGCCGCCAUCGAUGCACACGCACCACCCCAGCACGAUGUACGUUCGCCCGAGCAAGAGAAGGAUGAGCUCAUCGAGCAAAAGAAAGAGAAGGACGAUAGAAGCGAACAGGAUAAGGAGAAGGAUGAGCGUAGCGAGCAGGAGAAGGAGAAGGAUAAGCGCAGUUGCGAGAUCCUUUGCGAACAGAUGCAGGGGAAAGCACUUCGGAAGUACAUUGAAUCUAAUUUCUACGCUGUCGAUCGUCUUCGUCAAGAGGUGCCUGAGGCCCUCCGCCGCUUCCGAGACCCGGAACAGCUCGUGUUUAAAGCCAUAGGAGAGUUUUGGAAGGAGGGAAGCCGGCCUUCCAAAAUCAACCCGCCUCUUCUUUUGCCUCGCCGCGGGAGCAUUCUUUUGCUAGAGUUUUUUGUGCUCUCGGGCCGUCCCACUGUAGCAGACUCUUCGGUGAAGCAAAAGGCAAAGCUUGGAGCCCUAAGCUGGUUGAAGCGGCUUGUUAAGGAAAACAUCGAGUCUGCAACCGCAGUGGAUUCCCUUGGCCUCAUCCUAUACCUAGCAUGUUUUGGCAUUCCAAAGGAAUUUGGUUCCAAGGAUCUCUGCGUCCUUCUCCUGAAGAGUAAUCUGAAGAUAAAUAUCGAUGUCUUCCUUAAGUCAAGCAUCCUAGUUGAGAGGAUCCCGGGUGUUAUCAAGGAUUUAAUCAGAGGGGAAAUGUAUCUUGAAGCUGCUGAACUUUCUUGCUAUUUUGGGCUAACUGAUACAUUCCCCCCGUUGCCUUUGUUGUCAUCCGGUGUAGCAAAAGUCCUUCAAACUGGAACGCAAGAGCGACAAAAAUAUCGAGAUUUGCCAAAGUCAAAGAACGAAGCCUAUAUCCGGGAAUUAAAAUCACUGAGAUCAGUUGUCCAGUGUCUCAAGGACCACAAUUUUGUCGAACGUAAAUUCGAUUCUAUAAGCCUUACUGAAAGGAUUUCUAAAUUAGAAAGAAUCGUUGAGAAGGCUGAAAAGCCAGUCGAGAACAAGAUUCGGAAGAGAAAAGCUAAACAUCUUAAGGCCGGCAAGAAAUCUAAAUCUCAAUCCAAAGAAUCAGUUCCUUCUACAUCAGAAGCAGCCCAACUUGCUCCUUCACGUAUGAUUCAGGAUAAACCAGAGCCAGGAUUUCCAUCACAGCCUCUAUUUCCUGAGUCAAAAGUAGAAAAUUAUGUUCUUUCAGCAGAAGUUAGUAACACCAGAGAUUAUCCUUAUCUUUGGGAAAGAAAAUAUUUUGACUCUUCAACCGGUUACAGAUCUUUGGCCAUGGAAUAUUCUUCAGCUCAACAUUUCAGUCAGCCACAGCCUUCUUUAUACGGAAAUAGUGGUGGGAUUACGGGUCGAAAUCUGUAUCAGUUUGCUGAUACUGCCAUUCAAGAAGAAGCACAACUCGCUAAAUCCAGUAGAUGCAGCAACACUUCUCCAUCUGGUUCUAAGUUUGGUCGCUACUGAUUCAACGUGGUGGCUUUUGUUCUGGCUUUACCUUUUUAACUUGUUUUAUAAGAUUAUAUGUUUUAUUAUGAGUAGGAUGUUUUAAUGAUAGUGAACUGUAAACCAUUGUAAUUCAGGGAUGUAUGAAAAUGUAUUGGUGUUCUUCUGUGGCCAUAUCUUGACUUGAAAAUUUCACCAAAUAUA